AUGCUCUUGAUUAUUGCCUGGGAAAUGGUAUUUUCGAAAAAAUCCCAUCCCCUUCAUAUUCCAACCUUACUUUUAUUCAAUUUCUUCAAUUUAUUUUUUCAUUUAUUAGUUACAAGUAUACCACAAUUUAAACAAGCAAAACGAGUUGCAAAAACAAAGGCUAAAUUAAAUCUACCGGUUUGCGAGCCGGAUAAAAUUAAUGAAUUUGGGCUUAUUAUGAAAGAUGGAGUUCCUGUUGUUUAUACUGAUGGGGCAUGUAGCAAUAAUGGCUCUUUUGGAUCUAAAGCGGGUAUUGGUGUUUAUUGGGGUGAUGAUCAUAAAUGGAAUAUUUCUGCCCCUAUUACUGGCCGUGCAACGAACAAUGCUGCUGAAUAUACUGCUAUAAUUUUUGCUAUGGAAAAAGCAAUUUCUGAGGGAUUAUCAUGUCUUUUAAUUCGAACAGAUUCUCGACUAAUAAUUUCAUCAAUGAAUGAAUGGAUUCACAGAUGGAAACAAAAUGAUUGGAAGACUUAUGAAGGGAACGACGUUAAAAACAAAGAGUUGCUUGAACGCAUUGAUGAACUUAAGAAGCAAAUUCAUGUUUUAUUUGAGAAGGUCUCUGGUCAUUCAGGCGAUUAUUGUAAUGAUCAGGCAGAUAAACUUGCUAAAGAAGCAAAUGGUGGAUACUUACGAGAAGAAAUCAUUUUCGAACUAACCCCAUUGGAGUUUUAUUGUACUAGAAUAUUAAAUGGAACUGAUUCGGUUGGAUGUCAAUCAACAAAAAAUGGUAAUACUGGAGUUAUUGUAGAAAUUUCAAAUUCAAAAGUUAUUGAUGAAAUUGUCAAAGAUCUUCCUUUACGAAUUCAAAAUUUAAUUGUUUUAAUUGAUAUUAAUAAUUUGGAUAGUAAAUUAAUUGAAGCUGUUCGGACUAAUGAAAAUGUUCAAGGAAUUAUUUUGUUUUAUCGAGGAGAAAAAUUACCAAAAAGUUUUUCUGAAGAUGCUGCUUGUCCUAAUCAACAAUUUUCAUUUUACAAAUCUGAACAACAACAUUGCCAACGAUGGAAUUCUCUGGGUGCAAUUUCUACUGAUGGGUUGCGCUUUAAAAAUUUUGAUAAGCCAAUAUUUUUCAUAGAAAAUCAAACUCAAAUUGAUAUUUUGACAGAAAAGUGUUCAAUUCUCUAUAAUAAACAAAUAAAGCAAGAAAGCCUUCGCUGUAUUGGUAGAAUGGUUUUGUUUAUGUUUGCAGCUGGAAAUUCAAAAUUAUGUAUUGAAAGACAAGAAAAAAGUUCUGGAUUAAGAGAACAAGUAAUGUUAUGUGAUCACCUUGAAGACCGUAAUGUUUUUGCUAUGUUACCCCCUCUUGGACAAAAACAAAAGGAUAUUAAACCGAAUAUUUUUGUUUUGGCUGCUAGGUUAGAUUCAUUUUCUUCUAUCUAUAAUUCUCAUGGAGGAGAUUUUUCAACAAUUUCAUCAAUUAUUCCCCUACUUUUAGUAGCAAAUUCUAUUGGUCAAAAUCUUCAAUUAUUUUUAACAAAAACACAAAAAACUUCUCGCCAAUUACUUUUUGGAUUUUUUCAUGGAGAAUCUUUGGGGUAUAUUGGAAGUAGUCGCUGGAUUUUUGAAAUGAAAAAUAAACGAUUUCCACAUCCAAAUAAUAAAUUACCUGGAGAUAAUAUAAAACAAUUGGGAAUUGAAUCUAUUGGGGUUUUUAUGGAAUUACAACAAAUUGGGACUAAUCAACAAUUUUUUAUACAUACAGAUAAAGAAGUUUAUUUGGAGAAUAAAACAUUGGUUGACACUCUAAUAAAAUCUUCAAAAAUUUCUGGAGCGGAAGUUAAUUUUAUUAAUCCAGAAACAAUUUCUUAUGGAUCAUUACCCCCUUCAAGCUAUCAUUCUUUACUUAAAGAAUCUAAAAAUAUUCCUGGUUUUGUAUUUUCUUCUUUUGGUGAAGGAAAAUAUAAUUUUAGUUAUUUAAACUCAAUUUUUGAUAUUGAAAUUCGAAAUAAUACACAAUUAUUUAAUCAAUUUAUUAAUAGAAUUACUUUAGCUGCAAAAAUAACUUUAAAUACUGCUCUUAAUUAUUUAUUUUUAAAUGAUACAAAAAUUAUUAAACAAUUCAAAAUUGAUGAGAAUUAUGCUAAAACACUUGGUGAAUGUUUCUUUUUAAAAUCUUCAUGGGAUUGUCCUCUCUUUUUGCGUGUUUCAAAUGCAACAAAUGAUCCAGAUAUGAAAUAUUGGCUAAGGACUACAGCAAAUGAUUUAUCAAUUGGAACUGGAUAUCCAGGAUCUGGAAUUCGAAGAAUCGUUCAUUCUUUAUUAGUGAAUUCUCUUGGACAAAAAGGUCCAGCAAUGAAUAUAGCAAGUGAACAACAAUGUAUGGACCAAAAUAAAAAACAAGACGUAUACACAUAUAUUUGGCAAAAUGAUCCCCAAACUAACAAUGGAACAUGUUAUAGAACAAGCAUUUAUAUGGGUAUUGCAAAAUCACCAGCUUUUGAUAUUGAAAAUUAUAACUUCUCUAGUGGACAAUAUUCAACUUGGGUAGAAUCUAGAUGGGAUUCUCAUGCAAGACUUGAAUUAUUUUUAACUGCGGAUUAUCGUUUGGAAUUAUAUGCAUUUUUAAUUGCAAUAUUAAUGAUUUUUUUGAGUGCUCCACUUAAUUAUGGAUUAAAGGAACAAUGGUUUUUGGAUAAUUCUUUGCCCCCAGCUUCUCCUCAACAACUUUAA